GGUGAAUUCCCUUGGGCCUUGGCGCUACGGUAUUGAAUCAGUUCUAGCUCCUGAACCUGCCUGAACCUUGAAUUUGAAAGCAGAUCUCUCUAGCUCGUCUCUCCCAAGAAGGCCGCUUGCAGCCUCGUCUUUCUUGAAUGUGGUGACAUUCUCUCCGGCCCUGGUCUGCAAUCUCAAGCUGAUGCACAUGUCGGGUGCAUUGAGCCCCCGGGGGGCAUGGUUUCGGGGUUUCGCCGGCCCUCCAUCAAGCAUCCCCUCCCCAAGGAAGCCGACGUCGUCCAUCCGUGGAGUAAAGAUAGCGUGCUCGGUCCUCGCACAGAAUGCUGCGCUCCUGCUAUUGUGCACUGCAGUAGACCAUGUUCAGUUUUCCACACUCGGUGUGGCGGCAAAGAAAACUAGAUGGGGGAGUUGGGGGAGUGAUGGGGACAGGGACGGUUUUGGGGGUUUCAAAUAUGCUGCAGCCGCGGCGGGGGUUGCGGGAGCGGAGACGAUUGCAGUAGUUCCGGAGGGGCUUCCAAGAGUUGCCGAGAUACCUGCCCAGGAGGACGAAGCGUCGCCCGUGCCUGGUCUGGGUGUUGACUGGGAAGAACACAACUGGUUGCCGGGCUUCACCUCCGUGUCUGGGACGCGCCUGCAUACGGUGCGGUACCUGCCUCCGAAGAACAAGGCUCCGAAAGGCUUCAUAUUCUUGUGGCAUGGGUUCACCGACCACAUCGGCACGCUGGCCCAUGUGGCAAAGGCUUAUGCUGAGGCAGGGUAUGCUGCUUAUGGACUGGACUUCCCAGGUCAUGGCCGUAGCGAGGGCCUUCGAGGGUACGUACCAAGUGUGGACCAGCACCUGGCCGACGCCCUACGCUACGUGGAUGCGAUCACGGGCGUCUCUCCUGUGCCCUGGCCCGUGCUCAAUUCGACCACGGAGCAGUCUGCUACGCACGCACUGCAGCGGGCGCUGGGAACGCCAGACCAACGCUGGCGCCAAGUGAUCGGCAAGCCUCUCUUCCUGUGGGGUCAGUCUUUGGGAGGCGCAAUGUGCCUGCGACUUGCUAUCGAGCGGCCACACGCCUGGGACGGCAUGGUCGUUCUUGCCCCGGCAAUCAGCAUAGCGGAUGAUCUAGAGCCGAACCUUCAGCGAUUUGCGAGAUAUGCGUCUGCGGUGUGGCCCACGAUGCCCGUGACGAAAGUGACGCACGGCUCCGGGAGCCGCAACCCCGCGGUCACCAAGUGGGAGAGCGAGGACCCCCUGCGCUUCCAUGGUCACAUACGAGUGGGUUCAGUAGCGGCCAUUAUGGGCUCCUGUCGCUUCAUUAUGGACCGGCUACCGAAGAUCGUCACCCCUUUCAUAGUAAUCCAGGGCUCUCUUGACACGAUCGUAGCCCCUAGGAGCGCAAAGAUCCUGGCCGACAGGGCCUCCAGCGGCGACAAGACGCUGAAAAUGUUCCCCCACGCUUGGCACGAUCUCGUGCACGAGCCCGAGUCUCCGGAGAUCGUUGAUAUGAUGCUGAAGUGGGUUGAAGGGCGAACCGCGAAAACCUUGAAGUAUCCUCGAAUGUGGUAGUGUUUGACGGCCGGUCCAGCCAGGAAUUACGGGGGGGAUAUAACGGGGCAGCAUAGAUUCUUGAAAAGAUCGUGUUGUACAUGACAAAUGCUCGCAGUUGAAGCGAUUGAACCGCGUGCACAAUUUGAAUCUUGUAACCGCAACUACCAAGUCAGGUCGACAGGACAUGGUAAGCUCAGUAGAGUCACGAAGUCGGUCCAGGUCCAAGUCCGGGCCAUCCAUGACCCGGGUGUUAAUCUGAUCAUUUGUGAGGCCUGCCGCCUAGCACUCAAUUGUUACUGAUAGCCGCGCUAGACAACAGUUUGUGCCUCAAGACGGUAGUGGACUCAACUUCACCCAACUUAUCAGGUGCAUACUAGGCAUUAUUGUUCAAUCAAUGAUCGAGCGAGGGUGAACGUGAAGCGAUGCCAUUAAAUGAAUGAUUGUUAAUCGAUUCAGAAUAGUGACG